UAUAUUAACCGUAACCAGAGGCGCUCGAGCCAGCGGAGUGGCCGUAUUCCAAACAACUGAGCUGACGGAGCCGCCUCAAGCCCGCGACUCACGCACAUCCUGGAAGACUUUACAUAUCGGAGCUCCGAAGUCAGAAACGUAACAGAGCCGCGCUACAGCUCGAAGCCGCCGGCUCUUUUCACGAGACAACUACCAAACAGAAGAAGAAGAAAAAAGAUACUCGUCUGAAGUUUGACUUUAAACCUUCGAGAUGACUGACUCCUCCUGAACGGUGCCACCGGGAGACCGCCUCUGCCGCCGCCACCAUCACCAUCACCCGCGCCCCCCCCCCUCUCCGCGGAGGAAGUUCUUCCAACGCGCUCCGCGUUGACUGGGGAGAGAAGAAGAAGACGACACACACAAAACGAAAAGAGCAAUAAAGAAUAACCCCCUCGCAGCGCUGCCAUCAUGGACUCGGGAAAGCAAAUCACGUUCCCGUUGAUGAUGUGCGUCGGAGCAGCCGUGAUCGGCUCUCUGCAGUUCGGCUACAACACCGGCGUCAUCAAUGCCCCUCAGAAGAUCAUCGAGAAAUUCAUCAAUGAGACGUGGUUCCAGCGCUACGAGGAACAAAUCACCAAGACCACCCUCACGGCCAUCUGGUCCGUCUCCGUCUCCAUUUUCUCCGUCGGUGGCAUCUUGGGCUCCUUUUCCGUCGGACUCUUUGUCAACCGCCUAGGAAGGAAGAACUCCAUGCUCGUGGCCAAUAUCCUGGCCUUCGUCUCCGCCGCUUUGAUGGGCUUCUCCAAGAUGUCGAGCUCCUGGGAAAUGCUGAUCAUCGGCCGCUUCGUGAUCGGCCUCUACUCGGGCCUCUCCACGGGCUUCGUGCCCAUGUACGUGGGCGAGGUGUCCCCGACGUCGCUGCGAGGCGCCCUGGGCACCCUGCACCAGCUGGGCAUCGUCACCGGCAUCCUCAUCGCACAGGUCUUUGGAAUGGAGGCAAUCAUGGGCAACGACAGCUUGUGGCCGCUCCUCCUGGGCUUCACCUUCAUCCCAGCGGUGAUGCAGUGCGUCCUGCUGCCUCUCUGCCCCGAGAGCCCCCGCUUCCUGCUCAUCAACCGGAACGAAGAGAACAAGGCCAAGAGCGUGCUCAAGAAGCUGCGGGGCACCACCGAUGUGAGCGCUGACAUGCAGGAGAUGAAGGAGGAGAGUCGGCAGAUGAUGAGGGAGAAGAAGGUGACCAUCAAGGAGCUCAUCCAGUCACCCCUGUACCGCCAGCCCCUCAUCGUCGCCAUCGUCCUGCAGCUCUCCCAGCAGCUGUCCGGCAUCAAUGCCGUGUUUUACUACUCCACCCAAAUCUUCGAGAAAGCCGGAGUCGCGCAGCCCGUCUACGCCACCAUCGGUGCCGGUGUCGUUAACACGGCGUUCACUGUAGUGUCGCUGUUUGUAGUGGAACGUGCGGGGCGUAGGUCUCUGCACCUGCUGGGGCUGCUGGGAAUGGCCGGCUCCGCCAUCCUGAUGACGAUCGCCUUGGCUCUGCUGGAAAAGGUCAAGUGGAUGUCGUAUCUGAGCAUCGUGGCCAUUUUUUCCUUUGUGGCGUUCUUUGAGAUCGGACCGGGUCCAAUCCCCUGGUUCAUCGUGGCGGAGUUGUUCUCGCAGGGACCCCGGCCUUCGGCCAUCGCCCUCGCUGGUUUGUCCAACUGGACGGCCAACUUCAUAGUGGGAAUGGGCUUCCAGUAUGUGCAGGAAAUUUGUGGCCCGUACGUGUUCGUCAUCUUCACCGUGCUGCUGCUCAUGUUCUUCGUCUUCACCUACUUCAAAGUGCCGGAGACCAAGGGCCGGACGUUCGACGAGAUCACGGCCGGCUUCCGCGGGACGGGCGCCGCGGGCGGAGAGAAGCACUCGCCGGAGGAGCUCAGCAGCCUGGGAGCCGACUCUCAGCUCUGAGCGACGCAGGUUCCUUCCCCAACUUCCCCUAACUGAACUCUUUUCUCAGAACCGAGGAGGAACCGACCAGUGUCUGCUAACUAGACGUAGGCGGACCCAUUGGUAGCGUCAUUUUUCCACACUGUCACCACAUUUCGGGCGUCAUUACCAAACACAGAACAAGCCCAGCGUGAUUCUCCAACAUGACAUCUUCCGCCGCCCCGUUCACGUCGCACGGAGAAACCAAAACCGGCGGUCGGCCCGCCCGGCGGACGUAGACGAGGGGGAGUUGAGGAUAGAUGGGGGAAGAUUUUUUUUAAAAUAUUUUAACGAAGGAAUGAAACGAGCGUCUGCACCAAUCAACCAACCUUUUUUUUUCACUUGACUAUAUUAUUUAAUCUGUAUAUGCUCUGUUCUUUGUAGCCUGUUACGACGGCCUAUUGCCACCUGGUGACGGAGGGGCUGUAGCUGUAGAACCAGUUCACUGUGCAAAAAAUACUUCUGGUCGUAAUGCUGUAUCACUGUAGACCCCCUCGCACUGUAGAUGCCGCACAGCUCCACUUUAUCUCUCGCCACCAGAUGGAGCUCUCCGCCCGAAUAGUGUCCCGGUGAAUAAAGAAAAAGUCGUUUGCACCUUUUUUUUUUUUUUUUUAAAGUUACUGAGAACACAAUCAGUCACAUGUCGGUGUUUUAACCGUGAGUCAUUUUUAACGGUUGUGCUCCAAACGUUUCACACAUUUGUCACCUUUUUUCUCCUGCGCGGAGAUAUUUUACACUUUUUAUUUGUUUAGAAAAUAUUUAUUAGUGAAGAUGUCAUUUCUUAAAUACGAUUUUAUCAUGAAAACAAGUUUGUCCAAAUAUAUCAAGAAAAUUCGCUCGUCAGUUCACGUGGGUUCCACACACCUAGUUACAGCUGAUGAGAUGAAUAUCGGGUCUGCGGACGGAGGGAACUGCAUCUGUGCAGAUCCGAGACCGGAGCGCUGAGCUUGCCCGAAUAAAUCGUCCAUCCAUUUUUUUAUGGCAUGAGAUAAGCACGGCACACGCUCGGCAAUCAGCAGCCACAAAAACGACAAAUCUGUCUCAACCAAGCCAGAACAUUGGUGAGUCGAAGUGUCUAAAACAAUCAAGCGUCCUUCUGCCUUCAGCCUUUCAGCCUCUCGCAGCUUAUCGCAGUUUCAGGUCAGACUGACCUGAUCCAGACUGAAAGCCUCUGUCAGUGGAGGAUAUUCAUUUUUUCUGAUUUGAGAUUACCCGUGGAGCCUCCGAAGUCUGGUGAAUGGGCCCGAGAGCUUCUCUCGGGGAUCUUUUCACAAUAACAGGAGCUCACAUGCUGUUUCCUCGGCGACGAUGGCAUCUUCAGAAAACCUGUGAAAGAAAAAAAUAAAAUAAAAUAAAAGGAACUCGUGGGGACCAAAAUGAAUGUCAACCUUUUGCAACGUUUUUCUUUCUCUGUCCCGAAAGUGCUCGUCACCCCUGUUGGGGUCAAACUCCACAGUGUCCAAUUUGUGUCAUAGGAAGUGGACACGUCACGCAGUGCGCCUCCUCUUUGUGCCUCGUGCGCUGAAUUCUGUCGCAUCGUGUCGGCCUCUCUCUCUCUAGUUCACAUCUGUACUUACAGUAACGCGUUCAGCAGCUGCCUCGCCGUACAAGUCCCUGUCUACGACUGCUGUAUCACGUCUUCCAUCUCUUGUUAAGUGCAUCUUUAAGAGGGAAAGUCAUCUCUUCUCCUUUUUUUUUAGCCGCACUUUAUGAUUCACAGACAUAAUUAUUUCGUCAUGUUUUUUUUCGUUUAACUCAGUCUGGAAACUAUUACUGAAGAGAGACUGAAGUACUGCUGAUGGAUUACUUGAGGUGUUUCAAUAGAAAUGUAUGUCAUGAUGUCGUUUUGUGUGUGUCUAUUACAUUCUUAUACGGAGCACAAACACACGCACACACACACACACACACACACACACACACUUACAGGUCAGUUGUGAGUAAAUAUGGUAAUGUUCAUUAUCUGAUGACUUUGUUCCAGAUCCAACCCAGUAGUCAAAAAACAACAUUUUAAUCAUUCCAUAACUGUUAGUUAUUGUACAUAGAUCUUAUAUUAUAGAAUAUAUAUAUAUAUAUAUAUAUAUAUAUAUAUAUGGGGGGAUGGGGGGUUUCAGUGGGUAAACUCUCCUGUCCUGGAAUGCACUGCAACAUCACAUCACCAGCAAACUCAUGCAAUGGCACCACAUGUCCCCAAUAUUAAACAAUAUUUUUUUUAAAUAAAGUAUUUUAUAUACAUUGAUCUACACUCCAGCUUGGGCAUUUAAUUUUUCAUGUAGCCUAUGAAAUCUUUUCCUCACAACACACAAGGAUGAUGUAAAUAUGAAAGAUACUAUGGCCUCACCCACUCCAAAUGAACGAUAUUUAAGUUUUAGAAACUUAUUUUUUUCGAUAGAUAAAUUAAUGGUUAGUACUGUAGUGUCGUAAAAUCUCCUUUCGCACUCGCUUAGUCUAAUCCUUUUUUAUUUUAUAUCUAAGGAUACGUUUGUGGCCUUAUAACUAAAAUCUCAGAUUUCACGUGGACGGGUUGUUUCAAUGAGAUGUACUCAGUAGUGUUUGCAUUUUAGCGCACAGAGCAUAUUCUAAUGUUUGUCAUAAUAAAAAAGAUCUGUGUGUAUGGUGCUGAUAUGUGAAACCUCUCCUGGGGGGGACGUAGAUUUUCGAUGGAUGGUGGCGUGAAUGCCUCUUAACAGUUUUGUACAAGUGAUUUCAUGGCUGAAUAAAAGAAAUCAUACAUGCGGA